GGAGCUAUCACAAAGAGAAUGACUGCAAUCGAGGAGAUGGCGGGCAUGGAUGUCCUUUGCAGUGACAAAACUGGGACUUUGACUCUCAAUAAGCUUACUGUGGACAAGAACCUUGUUGAGGUUUUCGAAAGAGGCAUCACUCAGGACCAAGUGAUUCUCAUGGCUGCUAGAGCGUCUCGAACAGAAAACCAAGAUGCUAUCGAUACUGCAAUUGUUGGGAUGCUAGCUGAUCCGAAAGAGGCACGUGCUGGUAUUCAAGAAGUUCAUUUUCUGCCAUUCAAUCCUACUGACAAGAGAACGGCGCUGACAUACAUUGACGCUGAUGGCAAAAUGCACCGUGUUAGUAAGGGUGCACCCGAGCAGAUUCUUCACCUCGCUCACAACACAUCGGAAAUAGAGCGGAGGGUCCAUGCUGUGAUUGACAAAUUUGCAGAGCGUGGACUUCGAUCGCUGGCUGUAGCGUAUCAGGAAGUACCAGAUGGGAGGAAAGAAAGCCCUGGUGGCCCAUGGCACUUUGCUGGUCUGAUGCCACUUUUUGAUCCUCCUAGACAUGACAGUGCUGAAACAAUCCGGAGGGCACUUAACCUUGGUGUUAAUGUCAAGAUGAUCACAGGUGAUCAGCUCGCCAUU